AUGAUCUGUUUUCGUCUCUCAUUCAUUGAGACUGCCCUCUCAUCUCAACAUGUCAUGUCUCGCUAUGUUUCAGGCGCCCAGCGCUCGCCGAAAUUGCCCGAGCCGGGUUUCUAUGCAUCCGGGCAGUCGCUUGCGUCCAAUAUCACCAGAUAUCGGUAUGAGAAUGGGAGGCGGUAUCAUGCUUACCGAGAUGGAAGCUACUACGCCCCCAAUGAUGAGACGUAUUCCAACUACGAGACGAUCGUACACCACCUGUGGCUCCUAACCCUCGACGACAAGCUCUUCCUCGCCCCGAUCGAAAACCCACAAUUGGUCCUCGACGUAGGAACCGGCACCGGCCUAUGGGCUGUCGACAUGGCCGACUACUUCCCAGGCGCCGAAAUAAUCGGCACCGACCUCUCCCCCACGCAAACCACGACCGCACCCCCCAACAUCCGCUUCGAAGUCGACGACGCCUGCAGCGAGUGGACGUACCCCGCCUCGUACUUCGACUUCGUGCACGUGCGCGGCCUCACCGGCUGCAUCCGCGACUGGCCGUACCUGUACUCGCAAUGCUACAAGCACCUGAAGCCGGGCGGCUGGUUCGAGCACCUCGAGUUCUCGGUCCAGACGAACGCGAACCCGGCGAGUGACGUGUACGCGGACAAGAUGUACACGGCGUUCUCGAGCAGCAUUCUGAAUGUCGGCGAGGCGCAUACGGGGAUGACGUUCCGCACGGUCGAGUACAUGAAGGGGUUCAUGGUGGGGGCCGGGUUUGUGGAUGUGGAGGAGCGGAAGUUUGUGUGGCCGAUUGGGCCGUGGCCGAAGGAUGCGAAGCUGAAGGAUUUGGGGCGGUGGGGGGAGCGGAAUUGGGCGGAGGGCGUGGAGGGUUGGGUUAUGGCGCUUUAUACGAGGGUUUUGGGCUGGACCUACCAACAAGUCCAGCAAUUCGUCGCGGAUUUCCGAUCCGUGAUCAAGGACCGCAAGAACCACUACUGGCACGAAGUCCGCUGCGUCUACGGCCGCAAGCCCUUCCCGCACGAGAUACCUGCCACCUCAUCCGCGGAACAGCCCUCAGCUGCGGAGCCCAUGCAGACGCAAUAGGAUGCGAUCAGCAGCGACAGGCGGGAUUUCCCUGAACUACACGAAAGAGACGACCGGGGGGAAAAAGGAGGCUUUUUGUUGUUCACGUUUCGAAGUAUUUGGAUGCUAGGCGGCUCUUUGUGCAAUCUCGACUCACAUUUCAGCUUUGUUCGAGCGGCGUUUUUGUUACUAAAGAGAGGCGAAAGGCGGAAAUCUGUGGAUAUUAAUUAGUAGACACCCAGAAGAUACCCAGCCAACUGGACAAUAGCGAUU